AUCUCACACUACCAAAAUUAACUCUUCUUUUGUCCCUCCUAAGAAAAAUGUUGAGUAUAGUGUUUUCAAAGGUUACUAUGGUACUAUGGCUAUCGAGCAUAUUGCUCACACCAGCACAAUCACAUCAACGAUGGUUGUCAGCAUUCCACCCACCCAAAGACCUUGCUCCAAAGUUUACUCGUAACCCUCAAGCCCUUUUACUAGCUUCAACCGAUUAUGGACACGUAGUUCACAAGACCCCAUGGGCAGUUUUUGAGCCAUGUUCCGUUGGUGAUAUCUCGAGCUUGAUAAAUUUCUCAAACUCUCUUCCCACUCCUUUCACCAUAGCCACUAGAGGCCAAGGCCACUCGGUUCUUGGACAAGCCAUGACGCGAGAUGGGGUGGUGCUGAAUAUGACACACCUCAGCAAUUUCAAACAUGGGUCAGGGAUUUUAGUGUCUUGUUUUCCAUUGGGUUAUUGUUAUGCUGAUGUAGGUGGUGAACAAAUGUGGAUUAAUGUGUUGAAUGCAACCCUUAAACAUGAACUCACUCCUCUGUCUUUCACUAACUACUUGUAUUUGUCGGUUGGAGGCACGCUCUCUAAUGCUGGCAUCAAUGGUCGAACCUUUCGAUUCGGACCUCAGAUAUCUAAUGUUCUUGAAUUGGACGUUGUUACAGGGAAAGGAGAAUUUGUGACUUGCUCUCCCGAGAAAAAUUCAGAAGUAUUUUAUGCUGUUCUUGGAGGAUUAGGUCAAUUUGGAGUGAUAACAAGAGCAAGAAUACCUCUAGCACCUGCACCCACGAAGGUUUAUAGGAUCCAUCUGCUUUACAACAACUUCACGACAUUUUCUAAAGACCAAGAAUAUUUGAUCUCAUUUAAUGAAAGGAACGAUACUAAUGCAGCAGAUUUUAUAGAUGGUCAACUUCUAUUGAAUAAUCAAUCGUCACUAGAUCUUUCCUUUUACCCAACUUCUGAUCAACAAAGAAUAACUUCCUUGGUAACUCAAUAUGGCAUUAUCUACGUCUUAGAGAUUGUCAAAUAUUAUGACAACAACUUUGAAGCACGCGCCAAACAGGAAGUUGCAAAUUUGGUCAAAGGGUUAAGUUUUUUACCUACAUUUAUGUUCAAAAGAGAUGCAUCAUACGAGGAGUUUCUGGAUAGACUUCAUGCUUUGGAGCUAUUGCUUACGCCGCAAGGACUUUGGGAUGUUCCUCAUCCUUGGCUGAACAUGUUUGUUCCAAGUUCUCGAAUCUCAGAUUUUAAUGAAGGUGUAUUCAAGGACAUUAUUCUUAAGCAAAAUAUAUCUACCGGGGGAUGUUUCGUCUACCCCAUGAACCGAAACAAGUGGGAUGAUAGGAUGUCAGCAGUUAUACCAGAGGAAGAUGUUUUCUAUUCUGUAGAUAUUUUUCAUUCUGCAUCUGGGUUAGAUGAGGUGGAGAAAUAUCAAGUUCAAAACCAAAACAUAUUACAGUUUUGUAAAGAUGCAGAUAUUAAGAUCAAGGAAUAUCUUGCCGGUAACAAAACACAUCAAGAAUGGGUGGAACACUUCGGCCUCAAAUGGAAACUUUUUGAAGAUAGAAAAGCUAAAUUUGAUCCCAACAAAAUAUUAUCACCUGGCCAAGGAAUUUUCCAAUAGACGUCAAUGUGUCGUGUUUUAUUCACAAUGUCUGCAUGUUUAUGGGUGUUUUAUUUUUAUUUUAAUUGAUGAGCGUGUUUAGAAGCGUUCAGAGCUUUGGAAAUAAUUUGAUGUAUGAGUGAAAUAUCUUAUUUUAAAAUUUGUGGAAUAAAAAUUUAUAUAAUUUCAAA